GAAUUAAGUAACUCGUAAAUGUGUAUUCUUUCUUAAAGUGCAACUGCCAGCGAUCUUGUCAGCUGUCAUAGCUUGUAAGCUUGAAAUGGAAUAAUUUUGACAUUUCUCCCGAGUCCCGACUUCCGACUUCCCAGCUCAAUUGUUGAGAAUUGAACUGUUAUCCUAAUAUUUAAUUGAUAUUUUGUAAUAGUAAACGUUGAUCUAAACAUUAAAUAUUUUAAUAAAUAGUCUAGUGUUUCUGUUACAUGUAUAAAAUUGAAAUUAUAUGAUGGGCCCUUAUUAAUGAAUAGUAGUUAGUUUCGUACGUUGCAGCUUCGUGUACAGCGCGAAAAUGAAUAUCUUCUGAGAAAACUACAAUUAAGCGUUAAAAUUUUGAUAUCUGGUUCAUAAAAGUGUGGACUACUAAGCAAUCAUGGUGCCUGUAUCAAUAGAAGGAUGCACUCAAGGAACAGAGGGUGGAGGGCCUCGAGGCGGCUCUAUUUCACUUGGUUUACUCAUAGAUUUUAUAGUUCAAAGGACGUAUGAUGAGUUGUCAGUGCUAGCAGAGUUAUUGCCACGAAAAACGGAUAUGGAGAGAAAGAUAGAAAUUUACAAAUUUAGUGCUCGAACACGCCAACUUUUUGUUCGAUUACUGGCUCUUGUAAAAUGGGCCAGUAGUGCUACUAAAGUGGAUCGGUCUGCACAUAUCAUGGCAUUCCUGGACAAGCAAGCUUUACUCUUUGUUGAAACUGCUGAUGUAUUGGCCCGUGUAGCUAGGGAAACUUUAGUACAUGCAAGGUUACCAACAUUCCACAUGGCAGCAGCAGUAGAAGUCCUUACAUUAGGAACCUACAGUCGUUUACCAGCUGUAAUUCGUGAGCGGUUGGUACCGCCACCUUGCCUAACGGCUGGAGAAAAAAGAUCAACAUUGAGAUCACUAGCACACAUUGUACGACAGAGGCUUACCACAGCUUCUUUACCUAAUGAUGUUAGAAAUUUAAAGGUUGAAAAUGGCAGAGCAACAUUUUCAGUAGGUCAAGAGUUUAGUGUAUCCCUCACAGUAAUGGGUGACGGUCCUAAUGUACCUUGGAGAUUAUUGGAUAUUGCUAUUCUUAUUCAAGACAAUGAAACUGGGGAAGGCAAACCCUUGGUACACACAUCUCAACUGACAUGGCUCCGAGGUGUUGCUCAAGCCCGAUUAGCUGCAGCUGGUCUUAAUGGUGCCCUUACAGCUUUGAGAUUCUUCUGCCGAUCGCUAUCACUGGAAUUGCUAUACACUCAGACAUUGAGAUUAUGUAGGGACCGGCUAACGAAGCAUCUCCAAGUGGAUAAAUAUAUACCGGGGCAGAAGUUACAGGUCUCCUAUUGGAGGGAACUCGGUUGUGAGUUGGGAUAUCGUUUAAUAAUUGGGGCUGAAGGGGAGAACCUGUGCGUAUGCCACGUCCCGGCGUUGGCCGGUGGUGAGAGGGUCGCGACCGCGUUGACACCCCACGCCCCAUCAAUGGAACGACUAUUGGCCCAUACGGUGCAUGUUCGUUCGCGACAACGCCUAAACGACUUAAAAGUACUUCUUAACGAUUUGGGGGUGGAGUGUACAGUGGGAGGCUGGCCAUGUGUCUUAGCUUGUUCUGUGGUGUCGCCUUGUCUCCGUGCUGAGCAAUUACUGGUAUCAGUCGGGGCUCAUGGUGGUAAACUACGAGCACGGGUUCCGGCUUAUCCGGCUACGCCCAAGAUGAAUGAAUUGGCUAACGCUUUGGGUGCAGCUGAUCUUAAAACGUUGAGGCCGUUACUUACACAGCUAAGGUUUUGGUUGGUGGCACGACGUUGUGAAAAAACCCUUCAACAUUUACCGGCAAGUGUUUGCGAACACUUGCCAUUAAUGCAUGGCCCCGAACAUCCGUUGAACAAGCUUUCAUCUGAUCGUCUUUACGUAAUAUUGCAUCGGCAUACAGACCACAUAUUGGUUGUAGAAAUGAAGGAAGUGGCAGCUGGCAGUACAGCGACUACCAGUUCCAGUACGAAUAGUGGGAGCGCAUGUAGCGUCUCGUUAUCGUUUCAUCUUGCUGGUGCGAGGCGAUGUACGCCAGAUGAGUGCGAAGAUGAGUCUGGUGUCAGUAAUGUGUCGCCAACAGUUGCAAGGUCCUAUUUGAAGAUACAUGCUCUGGUUGAACUUGAUACGUUUACGCUUACACAUGGACCAUUCACACCCCUAGAUACGCCAGGUAUGCAGCCAGGCAAGCGUAAACUAGCCAUUGCAGCAACGCGAUCAGUGCGUGCACGUCAACCGGCGUACUUCCUUCCCGAACUCGCGCAUGUUGUUGCAGCGGCGGACGAACGCGUGCCGUUCGUCAAUCUGGCUAGAGAGCUGGCAAAUCGCGGCGUAACCCACGGUGGCGUACAACCAGAAUGGAGUGGUUCUGCCCUCGCGAUGCGCAUAGUUGAUCUACCUAAACCGGAUGGCGCGCCCGUGCACGCGGUCGCUGCGUUACGUGCACGUCUUCUCGCGGCCACAAUACGACUGACUACGAAGAACCAAGCUAGGGUUUGGACGGCAGAAAUCGUGUUCCAUGGAUCGCCGGUACGGACCCCGAGCGCUAAGGAACAAGGUGAACGUCGUUGCGUAUACCUUCAGUACGAGCUUGGGACUAAUGCUGGCCGCACUGCGGAGGCAUUUCUGGCUGAUUGGGCCGCCAUUGUACAUCUACAUACACUACUACACGACUAUAUGCUAAGGCCUGUACAAGAACGCGAAUCUCUAUGGCAGGGCAUAUGUAUACGUUCAUAUACGUACCGUUCGCUCGUACUCGGUUUUGGCCCGGGUCAACGUGCGACAGCAGUUUUGCAGUGGAAUGCGCCAACUCAGAGAUAUACUGUGGCAACACCAGCUCAUCAGCCCGCAGCAAACGCCCAUCAUCUCUUACAUCAUCAUUUGGAACAUUAUGUUAACUGGAGCAAAGAUCUUCUCUCAUUGGGCGUAGUCCUUCGUGAGACAUACGCCCCUCUGCUCUCACUCAGCCGUCUCCCGACGUUGCCUCAAGUGGGCCUGCAUCACGUGCGGACUCUCAUGCCUACACCAACGUUUACUUUGAUCGCACAUUCUUGGAGAAAGAUUCGUGUAAUAUACGCUGGGGCGUAUUCGUUAGAAAUUGGUAUACGUGGUGGUAACAUGGUUACGAUAAGAGAUGGCGCUUACUCAAAAUUCGAUCGCAGUCCCGCUGUGGAUGAGUUUGCUCCCGCCCAAGGUCUAAAGGCCUUCCUAUCGCGAUACGUUGAAGAUAACAUCAGUGCAAGAUUGCUUGCGGAAGAGGAUAACCCUCUAUCGCCUAUGUCACCCAUGCCUCCAGGUGGUUUACGUUUCCAAGCACCAUUAACGCCACCUCAGCCCCAUACGCCUCAUUCGGCGCCAGUCACGCCUCACCCCGCGUCGCCUGCACAGCAUCAGAUGGGGGGUUCGUCGUUCAACCUCACAUCACCGCCAGGGGGAGCAGUGGUAGCGUCCCCUGCCUCCCCCUUAGCGCCUUCCCCCCUCGCCCCUGCGGCGUCUCCCCACCAACCCACUUCUCCCUUCACGGCGUGGCCAGCCUCACCCUCACUGCCACGCCCUUCGCCAGGACAUCAUCCAUCGCCGAGGCACAUGGAACAUAAAGGGCCCCAACCCACUUCGAAUACGGCAAGCCGCAGUCGCCAAUGGGCGGGGUCUACAGCCACGCCCAUGGCAGGUAGCAAACUGGAAGCACUGUGCACACCCAGCGAACCACCUGCAGGGGCUCCGCCAGGGCCGGCUUUGGCGCCAUUGCAACGUUUCCUGGCCUGCGUUUAUUUGAAAAGAGCGCUACAGAGGGUAGUGCAACAAGAGGAAUAUCUGUCCCUGGUCUCCGUUGAGGCUACGAGCGUGACAUUCUGCUGUGAGGCAGCCGGUAUGGUUGCGAGGGUCGCCUUGCACCCGCAGCAUUUGCAGUCGUUGCAUCUUCAGCUCACACCACAGCCGGAUCAUAAGGAUAAUUGGACAGCUGAAGACUUACAGAUAAUGGAGAAAUUCUUCGAACAACGCGUAGCGAUUGCUCCGUAUCGGGCUUCGUCUCUUCAGGGCUGGUGUCGCGUUUGGGGCGCGCCAGCAGCCGCGUUGCCAUCCCUGGUUGCCCUGAUGAGGGCAGACAUGGCCCCAAUUGCCCCGGCAUUGUGGCAGUUGCAGUGGGCGUUACGCAUCCCGCCCCAUGGCCCACAGAUUGUGCCCACGGGUCAGCCUGCGGUCUUGCUGGCUAAGCACAAGAUUUUGUUCUUUAUAUGUCUAACGCGUGGCGAGACUCAGCUAGUACUUCCACUCGUAUACGAUGUGCAAUCGAAUGCAAUGCAAAUAGCAGAUAGGCGGGACACACAACAGCCACACCAUAGUGCUGUUAAUAUGCAUAUUAAAAGGUUCGCCGAGUUCCACCAGCCACACGGCGAGUGCAUCCUAUGGCCUGUGGUGCGUGACCUGCUCAUCAACUUCAACCUUCCGCAAGAUGCCCCUCCUCCCUCUGCCCCUCCGCCCUCCUAGCCCCUGGCCUCUUGGCAUGCGCACGCGCUCUCAUGAUAGUGCGUACGUAGCCAUUUGUGCCCAUGAGCUGAAUGUUUGUAUCAAUAAAAAUAAGAAAAAUUAUAAAACUACAUAUUGGAUACUCAUCCUUACUGAACCAAUUUCGAUGAAAUUUGCACUGCUGCUAUAUUUGAUUUUACGUAUUCGUGCAAAGUGAUGACGGUAUUAGAUUAUGUUAUAAGAAUUGUCCUACUGGAAGCAGUAAGGUCGUACGUAUACGUUGAAGUGGGGCCGUUCAAGUAUUACGUAAGCAGUUUUACUGCAAUUUAUCUCAUCACCCCCCCUCCAUUUGUCAGCUAAAGUAAGAAAAGUUCUCUCAAAUAACAGUACAUUAACGGAUUAUUUUUUUGUAGGAAUUCUCAAAAAUAAUUAAUAAUUCGUUUUCAAGCAUAGAUAAUGUAUGUGUGUAAUAUGUGUAAAAAAGUUAAUAAUUACUGUUGACGUAAUCACCAAAUAAGAAAAUCCUCCCCCCCUAUAAUGCUUACGUAAAAUUUGAACGACCUGUACGUAACAACGUACACCAAGGAUUUUGUAUGAAAAUUAAAAUAAAUUUUCUAACAACUUAAUGCCUCUUAGUAGCACUGGUAUUCUGUAUGAACUGUAUAAAAAUCAAAAGGCGUCGAUUAAGCUUACAGAGUACCAGCACUGAGAGAAUUGGAGUUUUAGUAUUUGUAUAGUCCGACGAUUAUAGCAGGCUUACCAGUUAAUAACAAUAAUGAUAGAAUUUACUAAGAACUUUAAUGACGUCAUCUAAGGACCUAUAUAGUUAAUUACAUAAUACGAAAGAUUGAAUAUUUAAAAAAAAUUACGUUUAUGUUCUUAAUUACCACUUUUUUAAUACGACCUUACAAGACUACUCAAUAAAUAGAGAAAUGUUCUUUUAAUAUUUUUAGAAUGAAAAAUCCAUGUACAGAUAGAAUUAAGUGAAUAAAGUUGAUUUAAUUUAUA